CAGGCUAGGGAGGUUUUAAUGUUUUGUAGGGUUUGACGAGAACAAGAAAUAGUAACAGUAACAGUAACAGUGGCAGAGGUUCUUCAUUGCGUUGCAUUGAAUUUCAUGGCAAGCCCAGGUGUAUACCGCAGAGCCCUCCCAUCUCCCCCUGCAAUCGAAUUCGCUUCGCCGGAAGGCAAGAAGAUCUUUGCUGAAGCUCUUGGCCAAGGAACCAUGGAGGGCUUCUUCAAGUUAAUAUCAUACUACCAGACACAAUCUGAACCUGCUUAUUGUGGUCUCGCCACACUUACUGUGGUCCUCAAUGCCCUUGCUAUUGACCCUGGUAGGAAAUGGAAAGGUAUGCUUUCUUUCUUUCUUUUUUAUGCCACCUUCCCCUUUUAUUUUACCUUUUCAUUUCUUGAAGCAUUAAAGGGUAAGAGAAAAACUUACUUAACAGGCCCUUGGAGGUGGUUUGAUGAUUCCAUGUUAGAUUGCUGUGAGCCUUUGGCCAAAAUUAAAUCACAUGGCAUUACUUUUGGAAAAGUUGCAUGCUUGGCUCGAUGUAAUGGAGCUAAAGUUGAAGCCUUUCGAUCCGAUGAAAGCACAGUCCAUGAUUUUCGCAACCGUGUGAUUUCUUCUUGUUCUUCUGAGGAUUUUCAUGUGACUGUGUCUUACCACAGGAAAGCAUUCAAUCAGACUGGAAGCGGACAUUUUUCACCACUCGGAGGAUAUCAUGCUGAAAGGGAUAUGGUCCUCAUAUUGGAUGUUGCUCGUUUCAAAUAUCCACCUCAUUGGGUUCCCCUAACCCUUCUCUGGAAUGCCAUGAAUACCAUUGAUGAAGCAACUGGACAUCAUAGGGGGUACAUGAUUGUUUCAAGGUUUAAUAGGGCGCCCUCAAUACUUUAUACUGUGAGUUGUAGACAUGAAGGUUGGAGCAGUGUUGCCAAAUUUCUAGCUGAAGACGUCCCUCUCCUUAUAAAGUCAGAGGAUCUAAAAGAAAUUCAGGAAGUACUCUCUGUUGUAUUUAAAUCUCCUCCUAGUGAAUUAAGAGGGUUCAUCACGUGGGUUGCUGAAGUUCGCAGGCAAGAAGAUGGGAAUCCCACAUUGAGUGAGGAGGAGAGAGGAAGGCUAGCUAUCAAGGCAGAGGUACUUGAACAGAUUCGGACAACUGCACUCUUCACACACGUGACCAGGUGGUUGGAUUCGGAAUGUUCUUGUUGCAAUAGUAUUUCAAAACUUGGUGACAAAGAUAUGUUACCAGCACUUGCUGCAAGUGUUUGUUGCCAAGGGGAAAAUCUUUUGUCCGGUUAUGGUAGGCUAGGUUUAUCGGGUGGAAAAUGCUGUAGUCAAAUAGAUGUGAAACAUCUAAAUGUUGAUGGUGAAAAUCCAGUAACAUUGGUUUCUGGAACUGUUACAACUGGUGGCAGUAAUGAACAAGGAGUUGAUGUGUUGGUCCCUUUGUGUCAAAGGAAGCCUAAUAGGUUGUGUCUUUCUAAUGAAGGUCACUGCAUUGGAAUGCACCCAUCUACUGCAGAUGUCUUAACGGUGCUUUUAUUGGCAUUGCCCUUGCAUACAUGGUCAGGCAUUAAAGAAGAAAAGCUGCGUGUGGAAUUUACGAGCCUUCUAACAAAUGAAAAUCUCCCUCCCUUACUUCAGGAAGAGGUUUUGUUCCUGCGAGAUCAACUCCAUUUUAUCAUGACUGAUAUUGGUACCCCUUCUCACUUAUGAUACAAUAAGAUUACAUUAGACACUGGUUUAGCAUAAUCUUUGUCAUUGAGCUUGGGGUCAAUACAGUAUGUGCAUUUCUGUGGCGUCAUGUUGAACCGUCAGAAACCAUGGUUCUACCUUUGUGCAAGGAAUUUGGACUAUAUAAAGUAAUUGUUUACAGAUUGAAAGAAUAACAUGUGGAUUGCAUACUAUGUUGUUGGAAGAUGAGCUUAAUCAAUGAAAUGUAGUGAAGGAUUGAAGGACUUGGGCGAUCUUGGGCCUUUUAUACAAUAUUAAGAGUACACUCUUCUUCUUUGAUGUUUCUCAUUUGGAUAAUUCAACAGAUUAAUGUAAUAAAAAAUUUAUCUGCUUGGUUUCCUUACCUGUAUUGGUGAUCUAAUGAUAAUCAAUGAAUAUUUUAUUA